CUCUUUAAAGCUGGAAGGGGCACCAGUUUCCUUCUUGGAUUGAAAUAGAAACACCUCCUUUAGGUGCCGCUCACAUUUUGUGGAAGUGUGGUAGUCGUGGAGGUUCUGUAGUAUCUCCUCCGAAGAAUUUUUCCUUGCUUGGAGUGUUCUGUCCUACCCUGAUAUCCUCCCCUUCUUUCCUUUUGAAGACUCUCCUCCCUCCAUGAGCUGUUCCUUGAUCUGUCUGACUGCCCAUGUUCUCUACCUGCAGCCAUUUUCAUGUGUACAGCCUACUGUUUGUCUCCAGUUUUUAAACUGUACAAGUUGUGUUUCUUAAUCUCUCCUUCUGCCUUGUUCUGGGGAGGUGGUUAUUCAUCAUUUGGAAUCACCUUUCCCCCUCCCAUGUGCUUUCCUUCAUUUGAGAUCUUUUGACCUUUGGUUUUAUUUGGGAGGGGGAAGGGUGAUAAUUCUAAAUUUUCUGCUUCCCUGGUUUCCUUCUGUACUCUUCUGGCCGUUGUCUCCCUCAUCCCAUUUUCUUGUCUGUUCUGCCGCUGUGUGGGCCUGGGCUAUGCGGCAGGGCAGAUCUUCCGUCAGAGCUCCAACAUGCCCGCGGAGUCUGGAAAGAGAUUCAAACCCAGCAAGUAUGUUCCAGUCUCGGCAGCCGCCAUCUUCUUAGUGGGAGCUACGACCCUCUUCUUUGCCUUUACCUGUCCAGGACUAAGCCUCUACGUGUCACCUGCAGUGCCCAUCUACAAUGCGAUUGUUUUUCUCUUUGUGCUGGCCAACUUCAGCAUGGCCACCUUCAUGGACCCAGGGAUUUUCCCUCGAGCUGAAGAGGAUGAAGACAAGGAAGAUGACUUCAGAGCUCCCCUUUACAAAACAGUGGAGAUCAAGGGCAUCCAGGUGCGCAUGAAAUGGUGUGCCACCUGCCGCUUCUACCGUCCUCCUCGAUGUUCCCACUGCAGCGUCUGUGACAACUGUGUGGAGGAAUUUGAUCAUCACUGCCCCUGGGUGAACAACUGUAUUGGUCGCCGGAACUACCGUUAUUUCUUCCUCUUCCUCCUUUCCCUGACAGCCCACAUUAUGGGUGUGUUUGGCUUUGGCCUCCUUUAUGUCCUCUACCACAUGGAGGAACUCUCAGGGGUCCGCACGGCUGUCACAAUGGCAGUGAUGUGUGUGGCUGGCUUAUUCUUCAUCCCAGUAGCUGGCCUCACGGGAUUUCACGUGGUGCUGGUGGCUAGGGGACGCACAACCAAUGAACAGGUUACGGGUAAAUUCCGGGGAGGUGUGAACCCCUUCACUAAUGGCUGCUGUAACAAUGUCAGCCGUGUACUCUGCAGUUCCCCAGCACCCAGGUAUUUGGGGAGACCAAAGAAAGAGAAGACAGUUGUAAUCAGACCACCCUUCCUUCGGCCAGAAGUGUCAGAUGGGCAGAUAACUGUGAAGAUCAUGGACAAUGGCAUCCAGGGAGAGCUGAGGAGAACUACGUCUAAAGGAAGCUUGGAGAUAACAGAAAGCCAGUCUGCAGAUGCUGAACCUCCACCCCCCCCUAAGCCGGACCUGAGCCGUUACGCGGGGCUACGGACACACCUCAGCCUGGCUACUAAUGAGGAGAGCAGCCUCUUGGGCAAGGACAGCCCCCCCACCCCUACCAAGUACAAGUACCGGCCGGGCUACAGUAGCAGCAGUACAUCAGCCGCCAUGCCUCAUUCUUCCAGCGCCAAGUUGAGUCGUGGGGACAGCCUGAAGGAGCCAACCUCAAUUGCGGAGAGCAGCCGUCAUCCCAGCUACCGUUCAGAGCCGAGCCUGGAGCCAGAGAGCUUCCGUUCUCCCACCUUUGGCAAAAGCUUUCACUUUGAUCCACUGUCCAGUGGCUCUCGCUCCUCCAGCCUCAAGUCAGCCCAGGGCACAGGCUUUGAGCUGGGCCAGCUGCAGUCCAUCCGUUCAGAGGGCACAACCUCCACCUCCUAUAAGAGCUUGGCCAACCAGAAACGUAAUGGAAGCCUAUCUUACGACAGUCUGCUCACUCCUUCAGACAGCCCUGAUUUUGAGUCCGUGCAGGCAGGGCCUGAGCCAGACCCACCUUUAGGCUACACCUCUCCCUUCCUGUCAGCCCGGCUGGCCCAGCAACGGGAAGCCGAGAGGCACCCACGUUUGGUGCCAACCGGCCCAACGCACCGAGAGCCCUCACCAGUCCGGUACGACAAUCUGUCGCGCCAUAUUGUGGCCUCCCUCCAGGAACGAGAGAAGCUGCUACGCCAGUCACCCCCACUCCCAGGCCGCGAGGAAGAACCAGGCUUGGGGGACUCAGGCAUCCAGUCAACACCAGGCUCAGGCCAUGCCCCUCGUACUAGUUCCUCCUCAGACGAUUCGAAGAGAUCACCCUUGGGCAAGACUCCACUGGGACGCCCAGCUGCCCCCCGUUUUGGCAAGCCAGAUGGGCUAAGGGGCCGGGGACUAGGGUCCCCUGAACCAGGCCCAACUGCCCCCUACGUGGGCCGAUCUAUGUCUUACAGCAGCCAAAAAGCGCCAUCUGGUGUCUCUGAGACAGAGGAAGUGGACUUGCAGCCAUUACUGACACCCAAAGAUGAAGUACAGCUCAAGACCGCCUACAGCAAAACCAACGGGCAGCCCAAGAAUAUAGGCUCAGCCUCCCCUGGCCCAGGCCAGCCACCUCUCAGUAGCCCCACAAGGGGAGGAGUCAAGAAGGUGUCAGGGGUGGGUGGCACCACCUAUGAGAUUUCGGUGUGAGCCUUGGGCAGCUCCCCUCCCCCACACCUCUGCGCCUACACCAAAGGGCCCCAGGUGGCCACCUUCCUUUCCUCAAGGGGCUCCCCUCCCCUGCAUGGACAUUUUUUAAACAACCGAUUCCAAGAGGAUGAGGACAUUUUAUAAAAUGCAGUGGGGUUGGGGAGUUGGAGAGUUGGGGCCCUGAGACUGGGGUAGCAACCCCCUUCACCUUUUAAGACCUUUCCCUUCCUUAACCCCUGGACCAGACUCAGUGGACAUUUGUGCAAUUGCUCGCCCUGGAGGGAACCAGAUCAUUUUUAAACCAGAAAUAAUUUUUUUUAUUAUUGUUACGGAUUCUAUUUUUUUCCUCUUCUGCGUUACCAGGUGUGUGUG